AUGCAGUACACCCAGCCACAGCGCACCGUCGAAGUCAAGCAGUGCAUAAUCGGCCCUCCCAAAGCGCCAACACCAAGCAGUGCACCCAGCUACCACACAACGUCGAUAACAAGCCGUACAUUCGGUCAUCACACAUCGGCAACGCCAAGCAGUUCAUCUAACCAUUGCACAGUGUCAUUUCCCAAUCUAGAAGCUCAAUCCGUAUUAGUGUGGAUAAGAUUAAAAAAAACAACAAUAUCAGUUAUGUAUAAUGCGAGUGCUAAUACUAAAAGCGCAGUUGAAUACCAAACAAUUUCUUCGACACAAAGCCAUUUAGCAGAGGAGCUAUCAGAGCGCUUGCACAAAUGCAUAUCAAAGGAUCAACUUGAGAAACUGCACGCAGCCUUUCUUAACACUCCCGAACGGCAAGUCGGGAUCGAAGGUAUGCGAAGCAUGCUGGAAGAUCUAGAUGUCAUGUCUAACGAAUCGAUGUAUACCCGACUCUUUUUAAAGAUCAAUCAGAAUCGAGAUUUUAAGGUGGACUGGAACGAGUUUGUUUCCUAUCUAAUUUAUGGAUUUCAAGAGGAGGAUCCCAGUAGCCAAAAGGAGUCUCUUGUAUUACAGAUUUCAGGACCUCCAAUGGUGAGGAAAUCAGAACAUCGGUCGGCUAUAUGUUGUUUGGCGCUGCUCAAGGGCAAAUCGGAUCAAGUACCCAUUGACAAGAUGACAGAGACAGUUAACUUCUCUUUUGGCGGUGAAGAUUCUCCAGAAGCUUCCGGCAUGUGGGUCACAGCCAGCCACGAAGGCAUGAUGCGAUUCUGGACAUCGCAUAUGGAACCUAUUCGUACAGCAUCAUCGGAAAGCAUUUAAAUGGCUGAUGGGUAUUUCCCCCGAAACAUAAAGUGACGUAUACAUGAACCCAAG